CAAUGGCGACUGCGGUGUCCAGAGGAUAUUAUAGGAGAUGUUUUUUUCCAAGAAGGUUUGCUCUGCACUAAUAUGGUUGCCUUUGAGAAGGUCUUGAUCCAUGAGUUCCUUUGGCAUUUCCUGCACAAGCUGGUCUUGAGCUCCACAAUAAAAAGGCACAUCUGUGUUAAAAAGUUAGGACAGAAGACUAUCUGCCUUCCUGCAGUGGGCAGCAUGGAACCAUUAUAUGUCCAUGUUAAAAAGGAGCCCAGUGAACCCUGGCCUGUCCACGUGAAACAAGAACCACUUGAACAGGAUUCCCACCAUGUGAAACAAGAACCAUGUGAUCAUGAGCCAGUCUCUGUUAAACAGGAGCCAUGCGAAUUCCACAUUAUUGAGGUGAAGGAGGAAUUCUGUGACCAAGAACACGUGAAACAGGAAUUCUGUGAGACCCAUGUUGUCCCCGUGAAACAGGAGCACUGGGAGCAGGAGUCAGUCUGUGGAAAUGUGGAGAAUGAUGAACCACAUCUUGCUGAUAUAAAACAGGAGUUCUCUAAAUCAGAUGUGGCUUUCUUAAACACUCUAGCAAAUAAGACUGGUUCUGCACAUAUAGCAGAGACUCUGGAAGGUCAACUGAAGCCUGUUUCUGAAGAUCAAUGUGCAAAACAGAAAGACUAUAUGACACUCAGUAAGGUUGUGUUUCUAAAAACACAUGCAAAGGCACAGGGACCCACUAAAGACUGUGCCACAGAGAGACAGGAUGAAGAGCCAACUUGUACAUCUAGUUCUCAAGCAAUAAUGAAUGUCACUUGGAGGAAUGUUGGUGAGAAAAGCAAUAAUAUUUCCAUCACAGUGCCCCCUCACAGUUUUCCAAAAUAUCUUAUUAUGUUAAAGAAGCUGGGGAAUCCUACAUUUGACCAGAAUAUUCAAUUUGGAAGUAAAACCAGCAACAAGACAAAUGCAGAAAAGCAAAUCCUAAACAAUUCAAAAGAUCCAAGCCAGCAAAAUAUCCGAGUCAAAGUCAUUCAUGAGUGUCCUGAGUGUGGGAAGAUAUUCCCACACAAAUACAGCUUGCAACGCCACCGGAAGAUUCACACUGGAGAAAAGAAAUAUGAAUGCACUGAAUGUGGGAAAAAAUUUAUAAAAAGAGGAAUGCUUCAACAACACCAGAGCAGUCAUACUGGGGAGAAACCAUUUGGCUGCUCAGAAUGUGGAAGGUGGUACACUAGGAAAGGUGCUCUUAAAAUACACCAGCGAAUUCAUACUGGGGAGAGGCCAUUUGUCUGUUUUGAAUGUGGGAAAAGAUUCACACAAAAAUGCAGCCUUCAAACACAUAAAAGAACUCACACUGGAGAAAAGCCAUAUAGUUGUACUUUUUGUGAAAAGACAUUUGCCCACCAAAGUGGAUAUCAACUGCACCAGAAAGUUCACGUUAGAGAGAGUUCAUCAUCUUGCAACUCAGUGGAAAAGCCAUUUAACUGUACAGAAUGUGGCAAGAAGUUUGCUAGACAAGGAGGCCUUGAAGCCCACAAAAGAGUACACACUGCGAAGAACAGUGCACACCAGAGUAGUUUUCACUUGAAUGUUCACAGCGGAGAGAAUUCUUCUGCUGUUGCAUUAGAUGACCCAAAUCUCAUGUGUAGUUCUGGGACUGAUGGAACUUAUAAUGAAAACCUUCCAGGUCCAUUAUGACAUUGAAUAUUUUUAUCUCUCAAUUUAUGCCACACAAGGAAAAUGUAGACAGAACAAUACAACAGUAACAAACUUAAAAUGAGAAAUAUUGUUUGCCGCAUGAGUGUAAAGUUCAAUAGAGCCAUACAUUAAGUUGACAGUAAAACCAGGCUUGAAACAUUAACCCUAUGCAAGAAUUUCUCUUGAUGAAGAUGAAAUAGGGAAACCAUGUAACUGAGCAGAAUAUGCUAAGUAGGGCUGUCAGUAUUUAAAUAUGAUUACAUGUACUAAAAAACUAUUUGAAUGCAAAAACUGAGAUCAGUUGAAUAAGGAUUGUGACUUGCAUUACUUUAUACUGUAUUUGAAUAUUUCUUAAAUGCUGUUUACCACUCUGCAUCAUUGCAUUAUUGUUAUUGGUUUUUAUAGUCCAUAUUAUUUGCACAGCAGUUCUAGGAUUAACUUCUUUAUACUUUGGUUGGGUAGCUUCAGCUCUUACUGAUUUUACAGUUUUCAUGUUUGUUUCCCAGAUGCAGACUGCUUUAUGGAGCUACACGUUCAAUUGCAACAGGCAGUUGUGAAUACCUUUAAAUACUAAAACACUAUCUGUGCACAUAAAUCGACCGUCAAGUGAAAGUGAAGAAAAACAAGCUUCACGUGUGUCUCAUUCUUCAUUUUGCACUCUACCUGGAGAUGGGAAAAUGAUUUUGUAAAGAAGGUAGAAUUAUUUAUCAUUGGUCAAAAAUAUCAUACUGCUGGCGUUAUGUGACCAGAGAGCUUCAUUUAAUCAUUCUAUUUUAUGUAAAUUGUACCAUGAUCAGUCAUUGUAUUUUACAAAAAUUGAACAAUUGUCAUAUUGUAAUCACGUUUGAUUAAUCAAUAAUAUUAUAAUGUAGCAGUUAAUAAAUGACUAAACUAAGUUUUAAAGUAUAGCACAAGAAGCUGAAUGCUAAAGUUAGCUAAAGAAGCUGAUGGGGUUAAUAUAGGUAUCCAUCUAGGACUGUAGCUAAGGUGGGAGUAGGUACAGGAUUGUUUUGUUAUGUGGUAGGUUUUUAAGAGACACUACUUUCACUUUCCAUGUUUCAAUUAAUAUUGUUUCAACUAUGCGUACUUAAUACUUUGCUGGCUCUUAGCAUAUUGUACUCCCUAUGCCUGGUCUUGACUGUAUGGAGUCUGUUAUUCUUCCAUAUUUUCUUAAGCUAACUGUCAGUUUCAAACUGGGCAUGUGCAAGUGAGGUAGUGUGGGUGAUUUGAUCCUGUGAUAAAAUGACACGCUGUAAAGGGUUGGUAUAGGCCUUUUUUCCAGUGCUGCUGGGAUGGCAGAUCUGAUAUCCCUACAUUUCUGUUGUUUUUGAAACAACAAGACUAGGUUUCAGAACAGUCAUUCACCUUCAACCUAUAAGUUUUAAAGCCUGUGAUAUCAUAAAGCAGAACUGUGUGUAUAUAAUAUAUACAGAGGUGGGCAAUAGUUGAUUUAUAGUUGUGAGUACACAAGGCCAGCAAUCUGAGCACUUAUAAGAUGGCUGUUAAGUGCACUGUGCUAUUGUGACAUUCUUUUGAGGUAAUAAAGUUAAUAAAGCUAUUGUAAUAAUCAUAACGUGUAUGUGUCUUUCCAUACAAACAACUGUAAACCUACUUUUGCCCAUGCCUCUGUGUGUGUGUGUGUGUGUGUAUGUGUAUGUAUAUGUGUGUAUAUAUAUAUAUAUAUAUAUAUAUAUAUAUAUAUAAUAUAGUUAUAUCUAGUUUUGGUUCUGUACAUUACCACAAUGAAUUUUAAAUGAAACAACUCAGAUGCAGUUGAAGUGCAGACUUUCAGCUUUAAUUCAGUGGGGUGAACAAAACGAUUGCAUAAAAAUGUGAGGCAACUAAAGCAUUUUUUUAACACAAUCCCUUCAUUUCAGGGGCUCAAAAGUAAUUGGACAAAUUAAAUAACUGGAAAUAAAAUGUUCAUUUCUAAUACUUGGUUGAAAACCCUUUGCUGGCAAUGACAGCCUGAAGUCUUGAACUCACGGACAUCACCAGAUGCUGGGUUUCCUCCUUUUUAAUGCUCUGCCAGGCCUUUACUGCAGCGGCUUUCAGUUGCUGUUUGUUUGUGGGCCUUUCUGUCUGAAGUUUAGUCUUCAACAAGCGAAAUGUAUGCUCAAUUGGGUUAAGAUCAGGGGCCUCAUGUAUAAACGGUGCGUACGCACAGAAAUGUUGCGUACGAACGUUUCCACGCUCAAGUCGCGAUGUAUAAAACCUAAACUUGGCGUAAAGCCACGCACAUUUCCACGGUACCUCAUACCUUGGCGUACGCAAUUUCUCCGCUCGGUUUUGCAGACUGGCGGCACCCAGCGUCAAAGCAGUGCUACUGUUCCUGUGUGGUCACCCUUUCUUUCUAAGAUCCACAUUCCUGACGCGGCUUUAUAAAUACACUGAAACUGACUGCAUAUUGUUUAUUAGUGUAAUGCAUCUGAUUGUUGCCUCACAUUUUUAUGUAAUCGUUUUGUUCACCCCACUGAAUUAAAGCUGAAAGUCUGCACUUCAACUGCAUUUGAGUUGUUUCAUUUAAAAUUCAUUGUGGUAAUGUACAGAACCAAAAGUAGAAAAAAGUUGUCUCUGACCAAAUAUUUAUGGACCUAACUGUAUAUGUAUAAAUAUUUAAUAUUCACAUCCUUUUAACCAUUAAAAAAAAUCUUUUAUUUUUCUUCAGAUUUGGAGAGUUCAAAGACUUUUUUGCCAUUUUUGUUUUAUGGUGUCAAAAUAUGGUGUUAAAAUAUUUAUAUACUAAUUUAAAAAGUACUUUAAUUCUCUUAGAUCUUGUAUGUUUUCAUUGUGGUGUUGCAAGUUAUUAGAUAUCAAGAUUAGUCCAGAGUAUCAUAAUAAUAGAGUAUAGCUUUUUCCAUUUCAGUAUUUGUAUCACUUUUUUACCUAAUAAUUCAUUAUUUUAUCCCUCCCUGAACACAGAAUAUAAUUGGUUCACUGUG